CGAUGGACAAUGCGACAUAGAAAUAGAAUAUGGUCCGGUACCACACUACGUCUGAAUCCGAUGGUUUGGCCGUACCAAAUCCGAUCAUGUGUAUUAGAUUAAAAUUACAGAAUCGUCGACAUACGAUGAUACUGUCGAAGGAGCCAUAAUAAAAAAAACAACUUAACUUGGAGGAUAGGUAGAUAGGCGUCGAUAAAAUAUUAUUUUUAGGUUAUGAAUAUAAAUUAUAAAGCAAAUUGCAUUUGCAAUAAUAUUUAGUAUUAAAAUAAAAUGAACCAAUUAAUAUGUCCCGAUUUUUCAGAAUUUCAGGAUAUAUUGAAAAAAAUGCGAGUUAUUGAUGAUAAAAUUGUAUAUUCUCUGAAUACCUCCAUACCGACUGAAUCGUUUAGAAGCAAAGUGGAUGCUACAUCAUCGUGCCAAGAUUUAUAUUUACAAAUACAAAAAGGACAUAGUGAGAGAGAAAAUUUUAUAAAGAAUUGCAUAUUAGUCACGGCUAACACAGUUAAAACUUUAAAAAACAUGAAGGAUCAGAUGCCUGAUAAUAUUGAAGCAAUAAAGAAUUUUAAGGCUGAACAAAGAAAGUUAAGACUCUUGCAAACUGAACUUAGUGUGGAAGAAGUUAUCAAUGAGAGGACAUCGAAGUUGUUUACAGAAAAAUGUAGAAAUUAUUUUAAACCAAGUAAUUAGAGACUGAUUCUUGUGCAUUUGAUGUGUAUAUAGAUUAUGGAAUGGGAAAUAUCUUUAUAAUAUAGCCUAAUAUAGUGAUAUCAAAUAUAUUAUA